AUGCAAGGCCAGGGCACUUCAGCUUCUCCAACACUCUCGAGAUCUUCGCCUGGAGGUUCUAGGGAUCCGUAUUCGCAUUCGUCGAGCCCGCCUAUACUCGCUCCUAUUCCCCAACGGAAUCCAUACCCUUCAUUUUCCCUGAACCCUUCAAGUCCAAAUCCGAACACGAAUUCAAAUCUCCAUCUUCAACCGCCUAACCCAGCCACAACAACGACGUCCGCAUCGUUAUCUUCCUCGUCGAUAGGCAAACCUCGAAGAUCCCAGCAUCGCCGGAUAGACGAGGCGGUGGAUACCCCUCUUCGUCGGCUUGUGCGGUAUCUCUCUGUCGACUUAGGAGCGCCUUCAUGGGCGAUCGUGUUAUUGAGUCUGGGACUGGUGGGCUUGGUGAAAUGGCUGAUAGGAUUAGGAGGAUACUCUGGUGAGUAUUCGUCACCCAGAUUCGGUGACUUCGAAGCUCAACGGUUCUGGAUGGAUCUGACGAUCAACGAGCCGUUUUCAAGGUGGUAUACCAUCGGAGGUGUUGAUGAUGGGGAUUGGUGGAGGUUAGAUUAUCCGCCAUUGACGGCGUACAUCAGUUGGGUGUUCGGCAAGAUUGGUCAUUACCUCCUCCCCCAACAUUUCGCAGGAAAGACCUCUCGCGGUGCAGAGUCUGCGACAUUAAAGACUUACAUGCGAUGGACCGUCUUGGCCCUCGAAUCGAUCUCAUGGUGGCCGGUCGUGGUAGUCUGGUGUUGGUCGGGAUGGGGAGUCGGCACGAGGAGUAAGCGGACACGGAUCGUGACAAUCCUCUCGAUCCUGCUCCAACCGUCCCUGAUUCUGAUCGACAAUGGCCACUUUCAAUACAACUCGUUCCCCCUCGCCAUGACCUUGCUCUCCGUCUACCUCUUUCAGCAGGGGAACGACCUGCUGGGCGCCGUGGCUUUCUCGGCGUCACUGUUGUUCAAGCAGAUGGGACUGUAUUGGAGUCCGGCGGUUUUCGGGUAUCUGUUGGGCAAGUGUAUCUGGGUGGGCGGGGAUGAAGGUCUGAGAUUAUUCAUCAAGAUCGGUGCCACUACGGCGACCACCUUUUUACUGGCUCUUGCGCCGUUCUUGCGACCAUUUCCUCAAACGCUCCUGAUCCUCCUGGAACGGAUUUUCCCGCUUCAACGAGGGAUCUUUGAGGACAAGGUGGCCAACUUUUGGUGUGCGAGCAAUGUCGUGCUCAAAUGGAAGAAUUGGUUUGCGGCGGGAUCCAUGGCCAAGCUUGCAACGCUGGCUACCUUGGUCGGAAUCGCUCCUACCUUAGGAAUCCUCCUAUGGACCAGCUACCGUCUCCGCUGCCGACCAUCUUCAACGGCUCCUACACCACCACAAUCGCCCUCCAUGUUGCCUCCGACCGCGGCUCUUCUUCCGCUCGCUCUUUUCACCUCGUCUAUGGCCUUCUUCCUGUUCAGCUUCCAGGUCCACGAGAAGAGCGUCCUGGUGCCGCUUCUAAGCGUUUUGAUGCUCCUCGGGGAAAAGGGCGAGGGAGAUGGGAUGAUUUGGGAUGGGAUUGUUGGAUUGCUCAACGUCGCAACUUUCAGCAUGUACCCCUUGUUGAAGCGGGAUGACCAGACUCUGCAAUACAUCGUCUGGACUCUGGGAUGGAACUACCUUGCCGGAUACAACCCUGUCAAGGUUGUCGACCUAAAAAUGAGGUGGUUUGGAUACGCUGUCUACGCGUUCAUCGUAUCGCAUCAUCUCAUGGAAGCCUUCGUGCCCCCUUCAAGCCGAUACCCUGACAUCUACCCUGUCACCAAUGUCCUCCUCUCAUUCUCUAUCUUCAGCUUGGCCUGGCUGGUAGCUUCAUGGAAGCUGCUGGAGAUGGCCGUGGGCAUGGUAGGUCUCGGAGAUCUUGGAUCAGAACGACCUGUAGCGAGCAGCGCAAAUGUAGCCAAGAAAGACAAGUAG